AAGGAGGUAGUAUUUGUUGGUAGUGCAAUUUGCAGUUGUGUAAGAGACGGAAAAGGAAAGAAAGGACGUACGGCCGCCUUUGGAGAGAGAUCGAUUGAUUGAUCGAGCAGAGCAAGCAGCAGGACCAAAAACAAUCUUCGACAUCCCGAGAAAGACGCCCACCAGAAACUCCAGAACCAGCCAGCCAUCAAUCACCCCAGGAACGCAAUCCCAUCCCAUCCCACGACAACAAUGGCCCCUCCAAACCUCAACCAACCAGUCCCCUACCUCCCCUACUUCACCCCGCAACACAUCGUCUCACCAGGCACUCCCUUCCCCCCAUCCUCUUCCUCAAACUCCUCCAACUCCAACUCCCAUCAACAACAACAACCCCCGAUCCCCACGCUCUUCACCCCCCUCCCCAUCCGCAGCACCACCCUCCGCAACCGCAUCGCCGUAGCCCCCAUGUGCCAAUACAGCACGGCCUCCCGCGGGCCCUCCACCGGCGCGCUAACCGACUACCACAUCGCGACGCUGGGCCACUACGCGCUCAAAGGCGCCGCCCUCGUCUUCGUCGAAGCCACCGCCGUCCAGCCGCACGGCCGCAUCAGCCCAAACUGCCCCGGCCUAUGGAGCGACGCGCAGAUCCCCGCGCUGCGGCGCGUCAGCGACUUCGUCAAGAGCCAGGGCGCGCGCAGCGGGGUGCAGCUCGCGCAUGCGGGGCGCAAGGCGAGCACGGUCGCGCCGUGGCUAGUCAGUCGCGAGCCGGGCGUGAAGAAGAUGAGUGUGCGGGCGACGGCGGAGGUGGAUGGGUGGCCGGGGGAGGUCGUGGGGCCGAUGGGGGGCGAGGAGUGGACGUGGGAUGGGAAGCGGUCUUCCGAUGCAUCGGGCGGCUUCUGGGCUCCGAGGGCGCUGACGGAAGAUGAGAUCGCGCAGCUGGUGCGGGACUGGGCGAGCGCGGCGGAGCGAGCUGUGUGGGCGGGCGUCGAUGUGAUCGAGAUACACGCCGCGCACGGCUACCUGCUGCACCAGUUCCUCUCGCCGAUUACGAACCAGCGCAGCGACAAGUACGGCGGGUCGUUUGCGAACCGCACGCGGCUGCUCGUCGAGAUCAUCACUGCGAUCCGGGCCGUCAUCCCCGCCACGACGCCGCUGUUCCUGCGCAUCAGCACGACGGAGUGGAUGGCGGAGACGGCGCUGGGCAAGCAGCACGGCAGCUGGGACGUCGACAGCUCGAUCCGGCUCGCGAAGAUGCUGCCAGGCUUAGGCGUCGAUCUGCUCGACUGCAGUAGCGGGGGGAAUCAUCCGCAGCAGCGCAUCCAGAUGUACGACUCUAAGGACUACCAGACGCGCAUUGCAGCGCGCAUCCGCGCCGCGGUGCAGAAAGACGGGCAGCAGCUGCUCAUCGGCGCCGUGGGGUUGAUCACCGAAGCAGAGCAGGCGCGAGAUAUCGUCGAAGAGGGCGGCGCUGCGCGCUUGGCUAACGGAAACGGAGACGGCGGCGGGGAGAUAGACAAGGAAGCGCAGGCUGCGGUGCAGAUGACAGAGGCGCGCGACGGGAACGCGCCGAUGGCGGAUGUGAUAUUGGUGGCGCGGCAGUUCAUGCGGGAGCCGGAGUGGGUGUUGAGGGUUGCGUGGAAGUUGGGCGUGGAUAUCGCGUGGCCGAAUCAGUUUUUGCGGGUGCGGUUUCCUAAGCUUUGA